AUGGCAUCAGGAAUCAACGCAGAAAGAAAACCCCGCGUAGUCGCUCUCGGAAAACCUGAAUACAUUAGUGAUGAGUACAUCGAAGACUUCAAGAAGGAUUUUGAUUAUGACGUCCUUGAUGCUGGUAAUCUCCAGGAAGCCUUAGAGAAGCUGCCUCUAAUGCUCCAGCAACACGGCCCUAUCGACGCCUUCAUCGUCAGAAUGGGCAGAGCUCCUUAUCGUCCCUUCCAAGACAUCUUUAAACUCCUCACUCCUCAUUGCGAGAUUAUCACCUCAGCAGCAGCCGGCUACGAUGAUUUCAAUGUUGACUGGUUGACUCAAGAAGGGAUUUGGCUCUGCAACAGCGUGGAUGCUGUUGCUGAAGCUACCGCUGAUAUGGCUCUAUUUCUCAUCUUGGCUGUUGUGAGAGAUACAUACCGCGGUGAACGCUCAGUGCGUGAGGGAAACUGGCGGGGUCCUGUUGUUCCAAGUAAAGAUCCUUCAGGCAUGACACUCGGGAUCAUAGGCAUGGGUGCUAUUGGAAAGUAUCUUGCCAAGCGAGCUAUUGCUUUCAACAUGCACAUCAAGUACUACAACCGUCGGCAGUUGAGUGUAGAGGAAGAAGCAAAAUACAGCGCUACGUACUGCUCAUCUUUGCACGACUUACUCUCCCAGUCGGAUGUCGUCUCGGUCAACUGUCCUUUGAACAAGGAAACAGAGAAUCUUAUCUCAACGAAAGAAUUUGAAGCCAUGAAAGACGGUGCUUUCAUCGUUAACACAGCACGUGGAGCUAUCAUCGACGAACAUGCCCUUAUCGAAGCCUUGGAAAAUGGCAAGAUUACCCGUGCUGGACUCGAUGUCUUUUUGAAUGAGCCUGAUCUGAAUGACUACUUCAGAACAAGUGAUAAAGUCGUUAUUCAGCCUCAUGCUGGUGGUCUGACGGAUGUAGCUUUCCAGAGAGGGGAGAGAGAGGCUUUUGACAAUAUCAAGGCUUUUUUCAAGACCGGGUCGCCCGUAACACCUAUCAACAAUCCUAAGAAGUAG